AUGAAGUGCUGUGCACCUCGGUGCACCAACAGGUACGAGGACAACAAACUGGUUUCGUACCACAGAUUCCCUGUGGAUUCUGUUGUACAGAACCGGUGGUUGCGUGCGAUGAACUUGGAAAACUGGACACCGCGGAAGAACAGCCGCGUGUGCUCGAAACAUUUUGGCCCGGAGUGUUACGAGGAUUUUCACCUGAUGGCAGAAUUCGGACUCCAGACGCGAAAGGCACUGAAAAAGGAUGCCGUGCCUACGCUCUUCGAUGACGACGACGAAGAGGAGAACCCCAAAAGACGAAAGUUGGAAGUAAGUAUCAGUCUCGGUUUUAAUCGCAGCCAUUCGUCCUCUCUUGCGGCCACAGGAUUGAUCUGUGCAUCUUUGGCUACGUGCCGCACCAAGUAG